AUGGCGCCUCUUCGGCUCGUGGCGUGGGACGACUACCGGCGGGCGCGCGCCCACGACGCGCACGAAGCCGAUGUGUUUGACGAGAGCGACGACGAUGACGACGACGAUGGCGCCGACGCAGAGGCAGAUAUUCCCGUCCUCCGCGCCGCUGCCACGCCCACGUUCAAGCUCACGUCAUACGCGCCCGCUCCAGCCCGCGCCACCACUGCCGACCUCUACCGCGCCAUCAACGUGCCAACCUUCGCGCUCGUCCGAGGCACUCGCGUGCAAGGCGCCAACCCCUCCUCGGACGAGGUGAGCUCGCCAGCGCCGAAGCGUAAAGGCGCCGUGGCGAUACGUACCCCUGCAGCGGACUCCUCCCGGACUAGCACGUCCAAAGUCCACAAGCUCGCGCUCCCGCACCAGUCCCAGCCCAAAACCAGAACCAAACCCAAGUCCAAGUCCAAGGCCAAAUCCCAGCCUGAGGCAAAGACAAAGCGCGCUCACAGCCCCAAUUCCCGACGCGCCAAACAUACGCCGCCAGAGCCCCGACGCCCGCUGGCGCCCAAGGUGCCGAACGCGGCCUGA